GAGAGAGUAUCUUUGUAGAUAGGAGGGAUUUGUCAACGCUCUUCGAAAAGAGGAACCCAAGACAAGAAGCUUCUCUUCUCUUCUCUCUCUCUCUUCUACAAUAAAACCAUACAUUCUCUUCUCCUUAAAAAUCCCAUCUUUCACAGGUCUCUCUCUCUGCUUCUUCACCACUCUCAAUCUCUUUCACCCGCCAAGCUCAAGCCUUUUUACGUAUUUAAGCCACAAACAUCAACAACAUGGGAUUCUUAGCUGGCAAAAGAAAAUCACCAGACGACGAAGAAGAUACAAGAAGCUCACUAGCUUCUGGAUUCCCCAUGGAUGACCUCAACGACGACGUCCUCGAGAGAGUCCUCUCUUGGCUUCCACCUUCUUGUUUCUUCCGCAUGAGCUCUGUUUGCAAGAGAUGGAAGUCUAGCCAAUCCUCUACAAGCUUCAAGCUCGCCUGCUCUCUCAUCCCUACUCGAGAUCCUUGGUUCUUCAUGCUUGACCAUCACCAUUCCUCUUCCUCUUCUUCCUUCGUUUUCGAUUCCACCGAGAACGCCUGGAAGAAUCUCAACCGCCGCGAUUUCCUCCACCCCCGCCGCGAUUUCAUCCCCGUCGCUUCCUCCGGUGGCCUGCUCUGUUUCCGCUGCUCCAUCUCCGGCGACUUCCUCCUCCGUAAUCCCCUCACUGGAUCUUCCCGUGACCUUCCUCCUUCCCCAGUCUCUCAAGAUGACAACAAACCUCUCCAAGCUGUAGCCAUGACCACCACUGCUACUACUUCCAGCUACAAUCUCGUUACAAUCUCCGGUGAAAUCCCAAAUCUCAGUUUCAAGAUCUACGACUCAAACACAGAUUCAUGGAGCAAAGACCAAGAAUUGGAGUUAGCCAAGAACAAUGAUUCAUCACAACAUGAUGAUACUGACAUUGGCACAGUCUACUUUCUUAGCAAGACUGGAAACGUUGUGGUUGCGAGUAACAAUCUCCAGAGAAGUCCCUCGAAGCAAUACUCUUCCGUUAUCACCGUUACAGAAGACGCAGAAGAGACAGUCUAUUUUCUCAGCUCUUACGGCACAAUUGUAGCUUGUGAUCUCACGAGACGAUGCUUCACUGAGCUGCCCAAGCUUCUUCCUCCUUUCUUAGAGUAUUCCAUCGACUUGGUGGAAUGUAAUGGAACAAUGUACGUGAUUCUCCUCUCUGAGUUCUUCCAAAGCGCGACUUUAAGGAUCUGGAGACUUGACAAUAACCGGGACUGGGUUCAAGUCGGGAUGCUGCCUCCUGCGUUGUCUCAUGAGUUAUACGGUAAGAAAGGUGACAUAAACUGCGUCGGUGGAGCUGGAAACAAGAUACUUGUGUGCUUCAAUACGAGUCUUCCAGAGGUGUACUGUAGAUACUUUGUGUAUGAUUUAGUUGCGGAAGAGUGGAGCGAGUUGCCAAGAUGCUUCAAGGAUGGUGAACCUAUGGAUUUCGUUUCCGCUCUUUCCUUCCAACCUAGGAUUGAGGCUACAGUUUGAUAUUUAGCUUCUCUCUAUUCAUGGAUUUAGGUUUAAAUGAUUUGUAAGGUUUUUUUAAUGUAUUCUUUCUCCUCAUGAGAAUGCAAUGUAAUUUGAUUUGUAAUCUAUUAACAUUUGUUUAGGACA